AUGUACAUGAAAGUCUUUGUUUAUGAAACAGAUGUUACUGGAAUAAUAAGAUCUAUAGGCAAAGAAGGAAAAUGGUGGAAAAAUCGUGUCAAAUCAGUUGACAUUGAAGAACAGCCAGCUUCCAAUAAUGCAAUGAUAAGACUAGAUUUAUGGAAUAAGCAUAUCAAAAUUCCUGUCAAAAUUGGUGACACUAUUAAAGUAAAAAGAGGAAAAUCUUACUUUCACAGCGGCAAAUUAGUAAUAACUGUAAACAGACGCACACCUGUAGCAGAGGCUUUUAUUUGGGAACCUCCAUCGAACUACGGUAACGUAGUUCCCGUUGCUCACGUCGAGUCUCGACAAUACGGAGGACAACAGGGCGGCUACCCAGGCCAGGGCGGAUAUCCAGGCCAGCAAGGCGGUGGCGGCGGUUAUCCCGGCCAAGGUGGAACGGGAGGCGCAGGUGGAGGCGGUCAGGGCGGUUACCCCGGUCAAGGUGGUGACGGAGGCAGUGGUGGAGCCGGCGGUUCCGGAGGUUCGGGUGGAUCCGGCGGUUCCCCUGGUUCUGGAGGUUCGGGUGGAUCCGGCGGUUCUGGCGGCUCCCCUGGUUCCGGUGGUUCCGGAGGCUCGGGCGGCGACGGAGGCGACAACGAGAUCCCCCGACCGCUGCCGGGCAAGCCCAGCAAGCCCCAGAGACCCCCGGGCUGUCUGGCCGAUCGCGGCCAGUUCCCCAGCUCCAAGAGCUGCGGCAGCUACAUCAACUGCUGGGACGACGUGGCCAUCGAGCAGAAAUGCCCGAGCGGACUGCUGUUCAACGAGAAGCGCCAGUACUGCGACUUCCCGUACAACGUGAAUUGCGGCAACAGGCCCAAGCCGUCGCAGAGGCCAUCCUUGCCAAACAACUCGAAGCGCUGCCCAGAUCCGAACGGCCGCUACCGCAGCUCCAGCAAUUGCUCCGAGUUCUACGUCUGCGUCAAUGGUCAGCCCAUCAAAUUCAAUUGUCCCGAGGGCCUAGUUUACAGCGAGGAGAAUCAGAUCUGCGAUUAUCAGGAGAAGGUCGAUUGCAAAGGACUAGCGACCCCCAGACCACCACCGACCACCACCGAGGCACCCACUCGACCACCCAGACCCAGCCCACCCCCGCAAGGAGGUAACAACAACAACAACAACAACAACAACAAUAACCAAGGGGGCGGCGGCGGCUAUCCCGGCCAACAGCAACCCGGCGGUGGCAGCGACGGUGGAAACAACAGUAUCCCCGAGGAGGUAAACCCGAACCCCCCUUACGAGCCGAACCAGCCGGACCUGCCCGCACCCAUCAACCCGUACCAGCAGCAGCAGGUGCAGCCCAGCAACACGUUCUUCAACAGAGGCCGACCCAGCGAGUUCUGGCAGCAGAGGCAGGCGCAGCUGCACUCGGACCUUCAGCAGGAGCUUCAGGUACGUCAUAUAACGCAAUAAGCAACGGACGUCGCCGAGGUCUCGACCACCAUGAUACCCGCCGGCCCGUGGGAGGUCUUCCACACGAUUCCCCAGGAGUACGCCAAGGCCCCCUGCGAGAACGGCGAGCUGCACCGGCUCACCGAGAGCUGCUCGAGCGUCGUCGUCUGUAGAAAUCGCCGGCCGCAGCUCAUCAACUGCCAGACGGGUUACGCCUACGAUCAGCCUUCCAACUCCUGCAGACCUUUCAACGUAGCCAAAUGCUAG